GCCGGCAGUGGCUCUUGCGCUUACGUUCCUCGGUUAGUGCGGUAAAUAAUCGCGAUACCUCGACAUGGCUGCUCCGACCGCUUGCACGCGGUUUAGUGACAACUACGAUCUCAAGGAGGAGCUGGGCAAAGGUGCCUUCUCGGUGGUGAGACGAUGCGUUCAGAAGAGCACCGGCAUCGAGUUCGCGGCGAAAAUCAUAAACACGAAAAAGCUCACGUCCAGAGACUUCCAGAAGCUCGAACGUGAGGCACGGAUAUGCAGGAAGUUGCAGCAUCCAAAUAUCGUGAGAUUACACGACAGCAUACAGGAGGAGAAUUACCAUUACCUUGUUUUCGAUUUAGUAACGGGCGGCGAACUGUUCGAGGAUAUCGUUGCACGAGAAUUCUACAGCGAAGCGGACGCGUCGCACUGUAUCCAACAAAUUCUGGAAAGCGUACACCACUGCCAUCACAAUGGAGUUGUGCACAGGGACCUGAAACCCGAAAAUUUACUCCUCGCAAGUAAGGCGAAGGGCGCGGUUGUGAAAUUAGCGGACUUCGGAUUGGCGAUCGAGGUACAGGGAGAAAUCCAAGCAUGGUUUGGUUUCGCCGGGACGCCCGGUUACCUCAGUCCGGAAGUCCUCAAGAAAGAACCAUACGGCAAGCCAGUCGACAUCUGGGCGUGCGGUGUCAUUCUUUACAUCCUCCUGGUCGGUUAUCCGCCAUUCUGGGACGAGGAUCAGCAUCGACUGUACGCGCUGAUCAAGGCGGGAUCGUACGACUACCCAAGCCCAGAAUGGGACACCGUCACACCGGAAGCCAAGAACCUAAUCAAUCAGAUGCUGACGGUGAAUCCGAGCAAAAGGAUCACCGCCAGCGAGGCCCUAAAGCACCCAUGGAUCUGUCAACGUGAGCGUGUCGCUUCGGUGGUCCACAGACAAGAGACUGUGGACUGUUUGAAGAAGUUCAACGCAAGGCGCAAAUUAAAGGGCGCUAUUCUGACGACCAUGUUGGCGACGAGGAACUUUUCCAGUAAGUAUGAUGCACAGGGUCGGAGCAUCAUCACGAAGAAGGGCGAUGGCUCUCAGGUGAAGGAAUCGACCGACAGCAGCACAACGAUCGAGGACGAUGACGUGAAAGAGGAUAAGAAGGGCGGCGUCGACCGGAGCUGCACGGUCAUUGCCAAAGAACCCGAAGGCCCCGCCUCCCAGGGCACACCCCCGAACAGUCCCGCCGCUGUGUCCGCGUUCUCCAGAAUAGUGGGGGCGGCAAGCCAGACGAACAAGCAAGCCCAGAACCAGGUUCAGGGAAGCCCCCUUGGAAUUGCCGCGGUACUCCUACAGGGAGCACAAGCUGGCAGCGCAGGAAGUGGUAGCAGCAGUGGUAGCAGCAGCAACAGCCAGAACAGCCAGACUGGCGCUUCACCGUCCUCACCGGCUGCCGUCUACAUUGGCAACAACCACGCGGCGACGCCCACGGCACCGUCGCGACGCUACUACGACUCCACGAACAACGAAAUAAGAAUCGUGUGUCCAAUCAAGACCUGCAGCCAGCUCCCGACGAACUCCCAGUGUUCAGCACGCCGUCAGGAGAUCAUCAAGAUGACCGAGCAGCUUAUCGAAAGCAUCAACACUGGCGAUUUCGAGGCGUACACGAAAAUCUGUGAUCCACAUCUGACCGCGUUCGAGCCAGAGGCUCUAGGUAAUUUAGUCGAGGGAAUGGAUUUCCACAAAUUUUACUUUGAUAAUGCAGUCCUGGGGAAAAAUUGCAAAGCCGUGAACACGACGAUCUUGAACCCCCACGUGCACCUGUUGGGCGAAGACGCCGCGUGCAUCGCGUACGUCAGGCUGACGCAGUACAUGGACAAGCAAGGCGUAGCGCACACUUAUCAGAGCGAGGAGAGCCGCGUGUGGCACAAGAGGGACAACAAAUGGCAGAACGUGCAUUUCCAUCGAAGCGCGGUCACGGGCCCUUCGCCAUUCGCCUUCAAUCACAAGUAAAUCGGUCGACGGUGAAAAAGAAUAAAAAGGAAGGAAGUAGAAGGAGAGCCGAUGUGUCGGUGGACGCUCGUCUCCUCGACGCGUGGAACGAACGAACCGUGCAAGAACACAUUACACACACACACACUCACACACGUAAUACAAGUAUACACUUAAACCUAUACUUCUCCGUCGAAUAAAUGGAUAGAUACACGGUGAAAUCGUGUAUCUGUUUAUUUAUUUAUUUAUAGAUAUAAGUACAUAUAUAUAUACACACAGACAGACAGACACACAUGAACACGCGUAUAGUUAGUAUUAAGCGCGACAAGAAAUGGAAGAGGAACGAUGAAAAAAAAAUCGCGAGAUAGUGCCGGGAUACGACGGCAUCUUUGAGCUCGCUUCAGUACCUGCUCAGCGUGUACUUACCACGAAGCAUCGCGACCGGUGCCAUGGUGUGUCGAUGAUGGAACGACUUCCGGUGGAUCUGCAGAAUCGUGUUCUUACGGAGGAGGACCAACAGGAUGGGAGAGAUAUAUCUGGUAACCACGAGGAAGAAAGUUGCACGUUGCAGGAUGCUGUUUAUUCUGUCCUUAAUAUAGAGCAAACACGUCGAAGAUCUUGUUAAUAGAACUUCGAUACCGAGCUGAUAAAACAGUUACAGAAGAGUAAAUAGAUAAGAAGAUAGAUAUCCUGCAAGAUUAGAGAUUCCAGUAUUCGAAAUAAACAUAAAUUUGUCAAGAUGAAGCGCAAAAACAUGGUCUGAAGAAUCGUCUGGUCAACUUUUUAAAAGAACUCGAGUAAUAGUGAGGAUGGUAAGGAACAGAAUAGGCUAUCGUGCAACCGUGAAGACCACAGAAAAGAGGAAAACCACAGAGGAAGUUUGAAGAAAUGGAGCGGAAAGGUGUUCCAGUGGCAUCGACGAGGUCAGCGGUGGACGUGAAACGGGAAGAACGCGGUUAACCAGGGGAGAGGAUGACCGGAAGUAUGUUAUACAUAUGCAUAUAUAGAGGUGCACGGAGAGAGAAGAGAAGAGAGCGCGGUGAUAUGUCACCGCGUGGGAACAUUGCGGCGGUCGACGAAAGGAGAUGGCGCCGGCACGUCGGCAUCCAACGCGUAUUUAGUUCGUACGAUAGUCGCUGUACAGAACAAUCUUCCAUUGUAACUUUUUUCUUCUAAUUUUCGUUCUCGUCUCUCGCUACGACGACACACUCACCGAGAAAUCCAAUGUAGAUUCGCGCGCGCGCUCUUAUACACA